CUCAAUUCAUCAGAACGCAAACCGAAUCCCUGUUUCCAACGGCCGCCCUCUCCUCCUCCGCCCUCACCGCGAAAGCCACCGCCACCAUCGCCGUCCUCUCAGCCCCCGGCGGGACGCGGAACCAUCUCCGACAUCCCCAUGACCUGACUGAAAUGCUGUUGACUCCUCAAUGAACUCGGAGCCACUGGCCAGUCAAUCUCGGCGUAGCCACUGUGUAGGGUUUAAGGGGCUCCAUUUCAUGAAACACUCCCGCCGCUUCGAUCGGACCGCGGCCGGAAGUUCCAAAAUUUAUCGACGGGAAGCUCUUGGAGCUCUGAGUGUUCGGACAUGCCGUUCCCCUGCUGGGUUCAUUGCAUUUGCUAAUGGAGACAUCCCAGCAUCCUCUAGACCCUGGCAAUGACCUCUGGAGCUCUACUCGGUGAGAUAGAUGAUAAGGCUGUACAAGUUCUCGCAUUUUUCCUCUGCAUGUCGGAUGAUGUGCCACCGCGGCAGCAGCUCCGGCGGCGGCAAUUUUGUUGAUGGUUUCGACUUUGUCGAGGAGCCAUUGAAGAAAAUGUCGAGGCUUGAAUAUAAAGACUGUGGCUUUAUGGACGAGAUGCCUACGGAGAGAGAGAAUGAAGCUGGUCACGGCGGCCAUUUAACGGGACGGCAGCAUUUCUUCAGGAGUGCCAAGAGCGACGCAAAGAGAGUUCUUGAGGUUCUUCAACAGGAUGGCCCGGGAUUCAAUACCAAGGCAGCUCUCGGAGAGCUCCGAUUGAGGGUGUCAGGUCUCCUUGUGAGGGAAGUCCUACUGGGGAUCUUGAGAAGCACGGACCACUCCAGUAAGAGCCGGUGUGCGAAGCUGGGGUAUAAGUUCUUCGCAUGGUCUGGUUCGCAAGAAAACUACAAGCAUACUGCAAAUUCAUACCACUUGAUGAUGGAAAUCUUCGCAGAUUGUGAUGAGUUCAAGGCAAUGUGGAGGCUCGUAGAUGAGAUGAUCGAGAAAGGGUUCCCAACGACUGCUCGGACUUUCAAUAUCCUGAUAUGUACUUGUGGCGAGGCAGGGUUAGCUAAGAGAGUUGUUGAGAGGUUCAUAAAGUCCAAGACUUUUAAUUUUCGGCCCUUUAAGCACUCUUACAACGCGAUCUUGCACUGCCUUAUAGGGCCGAAACAGUAUAAGUUGAUCGAGUGGGUCUAUCAGCAGAUGUUAGCAGAUGGCCAUACUCCUGAUAUAUUAACUUAUAAUGUUGUGAUGUGUGCAAACUAUAGGUUGGGGAAACUAGAUAAGUUCCAUAGGUUGCUCGAUGAGAUGGGCACGCGCGGUUUUUCUCCGGAUUUUCAUACAUAUAACAUACUCCUUCAUGUUCUUGGUAAAGGGGACAAGCCACUCGCAGCUCUCAAUCUUCUGAACCACAUGAAGGAGGUGGGCUUUGAACCAAGUGUUCUCCACUUCACGACAUUGAUGGAUGGGUUGAGCCGGGCUGGGAACAUAGAAGCUUGCAGGUACUUCUUUGAUGAGAUGGUUAAGAAUGGUUGUGUGCCUGAUGUUGUGUGCUAUACGGUCAUUAUCACGGGAUAUAUAGUGGCAGGGGAGCUCGACAAGGCGAAGGAAUUGUUUGAUGAGAUGAUAUUGAAAGGGCAGCUUCCAAACGUGUUUACUUACAAUUCAAUGAUCCGUGGAUUCUGUAUGGCUGGGAGAUUCUCGGAGGCUUGCUCCUUGUUCAAGGAAAUGGAAGAAAGAGGCUGUAGUCCCAAUUUUCUUGUGUAUAGCACCUUGGUGAGUAAUCUACGGAAUGCUGGGAAGCUUACUGAGGCUCAUGAGGUUAUAAGACAUAUGGUGGAACAAGGGCAGUACACCCACCUAAUUUCGAAAGUUAAGGGUAAGAGGCAUUAAUAUAUUAGAAUCUGAUAGAAGCUGAGACCCUGUUACUAACCUCGGAAAGAGGAAAAAGUUCCUGAGAACAACUGGGGCUGUAUGUUGUGGACAAAGCGGAUUGGAAUAUCUCGGAUGCUUUUCAGUGCAAAAUGGUCUUCCUUGGAUCCAGUAAGAUGAAUGCACUUUCGUGGCAAUUCGACAGCGGUUGUUGGAUAUAUAAUUGUUCAUUGGACCCUGUGAAGUUUUCAAAGAUCUCUGAUCUUCUUAUGUUCGAAAUAUAGCAUGAAAGCAAUAAGAGGAUCUUCGACUGAUUUAUGUGCUGCCAAGUAUAACUGAAAGUGGCAGGGAAGGUUUCCGCCCCCUGAAGAUAUAUCAAACAGCUUACAACUUAGAAUCUUUAAUGGACUUCUACGGCUGGAAAUUUCAAUGAUGCUCGAGCUUGUGUUUUUCCUCAAGCUUUCAGAGCUGAGACUCACAGCUUGAGUAGACAGAGGAUCUACUUCAUUUCCAUUACAGGUAUAGGAAAUUAUCGCCAUUUCAAUCACUGACAAGGUUCUUAUCUCAUCUCUACUUCAUCUCAGAUUCGAGCAGCAUGUUCUGGUUUUAGAGGCAAAACUUUGGAGCUGAUUCUUGCAGUUGCGCCAAAGAAUGACUCCUCUUUUAACACUCCAGUCAUAAUAAUCGAGUAUCUGAGUUCCUCAUCAUGAUCUUAUUGAUCUUAUUUUGUUACCUGUUUUCUCUUUGGGCCUUUUCUGUGACCAGCCUCUUGACAUUGUAAUCGAUUCAUUCAUGUUGUAUCAAAGGUACAAAGAUGAUGAUGAUCACAAGCUUAGGGACUAAAUGAACAAAUAUUUUCUUUGUAAUGUACCUCUCAUGCAAUAAAUAAAAAGCAUGUUCCCAAUUCUGUCAUCUAAA